AUGUUCAAAUUAUCUCGUGUCCAACGGCUAAGCGCCGUGAUUGGGUUUUCCUUAUGUUUCUUUGUAGCAGAGAUUUCCGUCGGUUUCUAUACUCAUUCACUCGCAUUGGUGGCAGAUGCCUUUCACUAUCUCAAUGACAUCGUCGGUUUCAUGAUUGCCCUUGCCGCAGCGGUCGUCGCCGAUAAAAACACUCACCCGAAAGCUCUUACGUUUGGUUGGCAACGAGUACAGCUACUAGGCGCUUUCUUCAACGGGGUUCUGCUGUUCGGUCUUGCAAUUAGCGUCUUCCUACAGUCUAUCGAGCGCUUUGUCUCUAUGCAGCGGGUUGAACAGCCAAAACUGGUUCUGAUCAUGGGAUGUGUGGGACUCGGUCUGAACAUACUCAGUGUGAUUUUCCUACAUGGCAAGUCUCUGCAACAAUCGUCGUUGCGAGAACCACUUCUAACAGCUCCCAUAGAUCACGACCAUGGCCAUGAUCAUAACGGCAGCGAUGGCCACUCGCACGACUCGCCAAAUGAGGACUCGGCCUCUAUCAGUCUAGUUAGUGAGAGACACGUCCACCACAAACACCACACAAAUGCAUCAGACAACGCCUCCCGCGGAUCCAACCGAGAUCUCGCCAUGAUGGGCGUUCUUAUCCAUGUGCUGGGCGACUGUGCCAACAACGUCGGAGUCAUUAUUGCCGCUGCUGUGAUUUGGUUUGCGCACUAUGAAGGAAGGUACUAUGCCGAUCCGGCUGUGAGUAUGGGGAUUGCGGUUAUGAUCUUCCUCUCCUCUAUUCCUCUUAUCCGACGAGCCGGUCUCAUUCUCCUUCAAAGUGCCCCACAGGGAGUCGACCACGACGACGUGAAGCACGACCUCGAAGAGAUCCCAGGUGUUCUCUCCAUUCACGAACUGCAUAUCUGGCGAUUGAAUCAGACCAAGUCUCUUGCAUCGGCGCAUGUUGUUCUGGACGAUGAUAAUACGCUUGAUUUCGAUAAUCUUGCCAAGACCAUUCGCGAGUGUUUCCAUGCUUAUGGAAUCCAUUCGCUAACACUUCAGCCUGAAAUACUAGCGCAGCGGGUCACUACUAGAACCGAUACGGAGGAUAGAGGUGGGGCCAGACGACGCACGCGACAGAGCUCGGAGGAGCAGUGCAAGUUUGCGUGCGGAAGCCUAUGUCAAGGCCUCGCGUGUUGUCAAUGA